GGCUCGGCAGGAGCGCCCGUAUAGUCGGGCGUCGGAGGUUGGGGCAUGACCGGCCGGCGAGGCUUGCGGCGCGGCUCGCGAAUGUGACAGGGUCUACAACGGUUCGUCACGUCAUUUGAGGUGUCCCCUGAUGAGGGGCGGGAUGGCUGCCCGCCUACUGUGGCUGUACGCUAUCGGGCUUCAGGCGUCUUCCGUCUGGACAGCGCACGAGUACGGCGAGGUCUCUAUCGGUGCGCUGCUGACGAUGACUGAGCCGGAGCAGUCGCUGGUCGAGGUCGCCCUGAAGCAGGCCGUUCUGGCGGUCAACACGAACGGCGGUAACCGCUCCACCAGCCUCAGCCUCCAGCUGGAGCGACUGCUUGUCGAGGAGGACACCUUCGUUGCCUCCAAGCGAGUGUGCCGAUUGUUUGGUCUGGGCGUGGUGGCUAUCUUCGGGCCCCAUUCGGAGACGAUGGCCAGUCACGUACUCUCCAUGUGCGACCACAAGUCGGUGCCGGUGCUGGAGACCAGGUGGAACUACGGGGCCCGCCGGGAGCCUCUUUCCAUAAACCUGCAUCCGCACCCCGGCACACUCAGCAAGGCAUUGUCGGACAUCAUUCGAUCGUCGGGAUGGCAGAGCUUCACAGUCAUUUACGAGGACAACCAGUCCCUGAUGAACGUACAGGAGGUGCUGAAGCUCACGCUUGUCGAUGACUCCAUCAAGAUAAACCUGCAGCAACUGCCCGUCAAAGACUACAGGACUGCAGACUACAGGCACAUCCUGCGGAGGAUGCGCGAUGAAGGGGAGGUGAACUUUGUCGUGGAUUGUCGCACUGAUAAGGUGUUGAAGUUCUUGAAGGAUGCUCAGAUGGUGGGCAUGAUUAUCAAGAAGUAUUCGUACUUCAUAACGUCUCUGGAUCUGCAGACGCUGCGGCUGGAUGACUUCCGCUACAGCGGCAGCAACAUCACGGGCGUGCGCCUGCUGGACCCGCUGAGCCCGCACGUGGGGCGCACCCUGGUGGAGUGGCAGCGGCUGGAGCUGGAGCGCGGAGGGCCGCGGCUGGAGCUCUCCAACCGCCAGCUGACGACGGGCGCGGCGCUCACCUAUGACGCAGUGACCCUGCUGGCGCACGCCAUCGAUGAGCUGCAGGGACCGCUGCCCCUGGAGACGGUGUCCCUGGACUGCGGCUCGGACGCCAUAUGGCCGCAUGGCGAGUCGCUUAUCAACUACAUGAAGCUGGUGAAGUUUGACGGCCUGACGGGCCCGGUCGAGUUUGAUACUGACGGGCUCCGGAAGUCGUUCAGUCUGGAUGUCAUCCAGCUGCAGGAGCAGGACCUGGUCAAGAUUGGUUCGUGGUCAUCUGCCGGCUCCGAGAUGGUCCCUAUAAAGUUACCAGAGCUGCAGACGGCCCAACCGAAUCGGACCAUCGUCGUGACAACAGUCAUGAAGAAGCCGUACACCAUGCUGAAGCCGUCCUCCACGCUGCGACGCGGCAACGAUCGCUUUGAAGGUAUCUGUGUCGACCUGAUGGAUAAGCUGGCCGAGGCGCACAACUUCAAUUACACGCUGAUCGUCAACCGGGCAGGCACGGCAGGCAAGCCCGACCCCGUCACCGGCAGAUGGAACGGCAUGAUCGGGGACCUGCUGGAGAAUAGGGCGCACCUGGCCGUCGCGGACCUCACCAUCACGGGCAGCAGAGGCAAGGCCAUCAACUUCACCACUCAGUGGAUGAGUCUCGGGAUCAGCUUGGUAUACACGAAACCGAUGAAGCAGCCGCCGUCGCUCUUCUCCUUCCUCUCGCCCUUCUCGCUUGAGGUGUGGGCGUACAUGGGCAUGGCCAUGUUCGGCGUCUCAUUCCUCAUGUUCGUCCUAGCCAGGUUCAGCCCCUACGAGUGGGAGAAUCCGCACCCGUGCAACGAUGACCCCGACGAGCUCGAGAAUGUGCUUAAUAUCAGAAACAGUUUCUGGUUUUCCAUUGGGUCACUCAUGCAGCAGGGUUCCGAUAUUGCGCCCAAGGCGAUGUCAACCCGUAUGAUCGCCGGCAUCUGGUGGGGGUUCACGCUCAUCAUGAUCUCCUCCUACACGGCCAACCUGGCCGCUUUCCUCACCAUCGAGACGCGGUACUCCCCAAUCGAGAGCGCCGACGACCUGGUCAAGCCGCGCAACAAGGACAUCAAGUACGGCCUGUUCGCCGGCGGCUCCACAGCCGACUUCUUCAGGAAAUCAAAAGUUCACCCCUACAACAAAAUGUGGGAUGUGAUGAACAAGACCAAGGGCGUGUUCCGCAGCGACGACGAAGAAGGCAUCGAGGCGGUGAUAAAGAGCAACGGCAAGUACGCCUACUUCAUGGAGUCAUCCUCUCUUGAGUACUAUGUGGCGCGACGCUGCAGCCUGACACAGGUUGGCGGACUGCUCGACAACAAGGGCUACGGCAUCGGCGUCGCUGACCACUCGCCAGUCCAGGCGUCCGAACUUAGCGAGACCAUCAUCAAGCUGCAAGAGGAGGGCAUGCUCGCGCAGCUGAAGAACCGCUGGUGGAAGGGCGAGACGGGCGGCGUGAACUGCGACGCGAAGAAGAAGAAAGGCGUCAAACCCCUGUCGCUGAAGAACGUGGGCGGCGUGUUCGUGUGUCUCAUCUUCGGCCUGUCUGUGGCGACCCUGGUGACCGCCGUGGAAUUCCUCCUGGAGGCGUACCGCAACAGUCGAGACGAGGGUGUUCCGUUCGCGGCCGAAGUGGUGCGCGAGCUGCGCUUCGUCUUCCGCUUCCGCGGCAACACAAAGCCGGUCAAGCGGCCAGUGACAAGCGCCGGCGAGGCUGAAGACGUCUUCAUUCCGUUCAGCACCGACAGCUCGCUGCAGUACGCGCCGGCCGGCUUCGGCUUCCCCGGACGCGAUCCGCUGACCUGAGCGGCGCCCGUUCGGCGGCGAGUGCGUCCGCGCCGGGGGCUACUGGAAGGGUUAGCGCGGUUGCGCGGCAGACCCAUCCGGGCCGGCCCGAGCGUCGGCGCUGCCGUCCUUGUAGAAGCCAACAGCUGAUGUGCCGUUACUGGGGUUUGGUGGUACGGGACUGUCCCCAGACGACCGAGCGCGGUCAGUGGUCACGGAGAGGCCGCGUGUGUCACGACAUCGGCAUCGGCAGACUGGUCGGAUCUGGGCCGAGGACCGGAGCUGAGUUGAACAUGGCCAGGGCGCGAGGUCGGGACGAGUGGCGCAAGACGCGGCCGAACCCGCCAAGGCAGGUCUGCCACAGCCGAGUCCUGCGCGGAGGCAGAUCGCGCGGCGCAGUGCAGCACAGUGCGCGCUGUUGAAGUGGGUGUUGUAACGACACGACCGGUGGCUUGCUGGUCCUCUCUGUCGUUACGGGAGCCUAACGCCUAACGGACUUGGUGCGGCUUGACUGAGUGCGGUGCCACUACCGGCUGCUUGUAACGGUAGGGUGCACCGUCCACGCGUGCGCUAUCACACGGACUCAUUUGGCCUCGUGUCGCCCGAUCAUCACACCAUGUGGGUAACCGAGGAAGGAUCACGCAUGCGGUGGUGAGCCCACUCAUGUUUCAACGGAUAGCACUCUUGACAAUAUAUUUGUAUCCAGCGGUUCGUUCGAGAUUCCAUCAGCGCUACAACGCCCAUGGUGAUUGCAACCGACGGCCGGCAACCAUGAACGUGCAUUUUCGAAACAGGACAAACUUACGGGGUCAAAGCACGGUCCAGGCGAUUUCGAAUAACGAAAACAAUGUCGUAUCAAGGACAGCUACGCCACAGGUCGCUUACACAGGCGCGCAUGUUCGCAAGGCCGGGAGCUGGGCCGCGUCGCGGCGGUAAACAAAGUCAGUCUGUGAGUACCUCAGACAAAUACAACGUAUGACGCACGCGCCACUCACCGACACACGAUGGUCAAUGGCAAGACGACGACGUUCCGAAAUAUCACUGUAUUUCGAUUUAGGCACAACUGUCUAAAACAAGUCGCGUAUGACGAAUGACAGUCGGUCGCACAGCGUCCUGCUGCAAUCGAAAAACUCAACUGACAGUGAGCCAGGCUUCUUCAAACAUCAGCCCCGCUGUCCACAUAUGUGUGAGUCAGGCACAAAUAUACUUUAUUUCACUAUUCAUUAGUCAUGCACGUAAAAUGAUAACGCCCAGCGCAGCAUGAGCUCCAGCACAGUGGGGCAGACUAGCCGGAAGUAGAGUAUUCACCGGCUGCUAACCCGAGCGUGCCCAGGGCCACCCCGCACGGAGUCCAGCGCCAGACGGUCCGCAACAGAUGCGGUAAAACACGGCAGGAAGACGGAUACGGCACGGGGGCCAUGCCACCACCAACGUCAAUCCUCAGACACAUCACGAGUCACACACUCCACACUGAUAGAGUUACAUCAACUGACACCACCGCGGACUGCUGCGUUGUCGGUGGCUAUCUGUCAAAACACAACCGAUCUUUUUCGCUCCCUACGCGGCUGCCCAUUUAUAUUUUGAUGCUUCUACUACUAAAUUUGGAAAGGAAUAGUACACACCUGCAUUCUGCCCACCCUUCAUCCCUAAUAUUGACACCUUCGUGCAACAGAUCCGACAAUUUCGUAUGGUGCGUAUUGACGCUCGAAGUCAAUACGAACCAGUGCGAAGUCACUCGAGAUAGAGUCAUGGUUUGAACUUCCAGCAAAUUCGAUCUCCUCGCAAUAUCCGCCCUCCC